CAUAGAUCUCAGGACGUGACGACAUUGUGCGAGGAGCACAGACCUUGGCCAGUAGGGGGAGUGAUUCCAGAAUCCAGCAGAAUCAGCCUGAGGAGUAUGAGUCACUUUUCACGGAAGUGAGCCGUGUGCAGAGCCCUGCCCCUGCUGCCACCGCGGGAGACCCCAGGCAGGGAUAACAGGGCGCCACGCCCCCUUGAUAACCUUUUCCCUCAUUGAAGGGCAGAGAGGACUUGCUCUGAGGUGUGUGGUCUCAAGUCAUAGUGAGGAGUCACAGUUCCUGCCCGAAGUCAGGGGUAUUGCUGGGACCCCAUGAUACCUACACUGCCCCUGUUGUCAUUCCCUGGGAGGUCCCAGACUAGGAUGGCCAGGAGUUUCACCAGCAUUGUCCAGUCCAUGCACUGUGCUUCCAGUUGAGGUGGCAGUCUUAGUCUGAUGUUUUCCAUCACAGUGGAUAUGGUGCCCAAGCCAUGGAAGAGUCUAUGUGGAGACAUGAGGAAGACUGAAAGGCAGUGAUUCCCUGUUGUCGGUCCUUCCCAACACUCUCUUGUCCACUGCCACCCACUAGAGCCACCAUGCCUUGGCAUCAGAAGAGCCCACGAUUCUCACAUCAUUUAUGCCCUGAGGCCAGAAGUAAUGUCCAGAGCCUGGAGAUUGCACAGAUCACCAAGGCCCUGGAGGAGACCUCCCUCUCCUCCCAUCCUCUAAUGCCUGCCAAUCGGAAGGAGGCUCCCGAAGCUGGUAUGGCCAGUAUUCCUGAGGGUCCUCAGAGUGUCUCUUUCUCUGGCACUGCCUCCAUGUCCACCUCAUCAAGCAAGUCAGAGGAGGGCUCCACUAGCCAAGCAAAGGAGAGUUCAAGCACUUCACUGGCUGAGCCAGAUGCCAAGAAUGCACUCAUAUAUCCUCUAGAGGAGAAAGUGGCAAUCUUGGUGAAUUUCAUGCUUUUCAAGUAUCAAGUGAAACAGCCGAUAACCAAAGCAGAUAUGUUGAAUACAGUCAUCAAAGAAUAUGAGUACUACUUCACUGAGAUCCUGCUGAGAGCUAUGGAGCGCAUGGAGAUGAUUUUUGGCCUUGAUGUGCAGGAAGUGGAUCCUAUCAACCACUGCUAUGUCCUCCUUAUCAAAGCAGGCCUCACCUAUGAUGGGCUGAUGAGUGGUGAAGAGGGCGUGCCCAAGACCGGCAUCCUGAUUCUUGUGCUGGGUGUGAUCUUCAUGAAGGGCAACCAUGCCACUGAAGAAGAAGUCUGGGAAGUUCUGAGUUUGAUGGGCAUUUAUCCUGGAGUGAAGCACUUCAUCUUUGGGGAUCCCAGGGAGAUCAUCAAAGAUUUUGUGAAGGAAAAUUAUCUGGUCUACCAGCAGGUGGCCACCAGAAAUCCUGUGCAACUUGAAUUCCUGUGGGGCCCAAGAGCCCAUGCUGAAACCACCAAGAUGAAAGUCCUAGAGUUUCUGGCCAAGGUCAAUAGGACUGAGCCUAGUAAUUUCUCAUCUCAGUAUGAGGAGGCCUUGAAGGAUGAAGAAGAGAGAGCCCGAGGCAAUAUUUCAGCCAGUGCUGAGUUUCCUUUCAUGGCCACUGCCAAGUUCACCAGCUCCUUCCACACCUAGGCAAGUGAGGGAUAGUUUCUUCAUGCACUCUUUCAAGAAACAAGAGUUGAUACAAUUUAUGUCUUAGAUGGGGCUAAGAGGAACACACAUUAUGCCUAUGUUUUUCUGUUUUAUAUGUAUAACUUGAAUUUUUUUGUUUUUUGAUGUAUUAUUCUAAUGUCUUUUUAAAAUAGAGAUUUCAUUAGCUUUAAAAUCUCAAGGUUUUAUAGAUGAUAGUGUUCAUCCUCAUUCACAAUGAGGUUAAACAGUAAGAGCUUUGUAGUUUUGUAAAACAAAUUGUGAAACAUUUUGUCUUCUGCAAUAAGACAACAUGAUACUGCUAUAAGCAUUUUUGGGACAUAAGGAAAACUUGCUUUCUAGAGAAGCCUUCAGUUUUUUAUUUUCCCUUUUAGUCCUUGUUCCAUAAAUUAAUCGCAUAACCUUGAUUAUAUAGCUGUUUCAACAAUAUGUAUGAAAUAAAUCUUAAUAAAUUAGAUCUCAUGCUC